AUGCUUGCUGAAAAGCUAGCAGGAAAUUCUAUGGUCUGGAAAACUGUAACUACAUUUGUGGAAGUAGAAAUUGUACCACAUAUUUGUAGAACAGCAAGGCAAGUGUGGUCUCUAGGAAGUAUAGGUAUCCUGGAAUUCAUCAGUGUGGCAGUGGGACUGGUCAGUAUUAGAGGUGUGGACAGUGGUCUCUACCUUGGAAUGAAUGACAAAGGAGAACUCUAUGGAUCAGAGAAACUGACUUCUGAAUGCAUCUUUAGGGAGCAAUUUGAAGAGAACUGGUAUAAUACCUAUUCAUCCAACAUAUAUAAACACGGAGACACUGGCCGCAGGUAUUUUGUGGCACUUAACAAAGACGGAACUCCAAGAGAUGGUGCCAGGUCCAAAAGACAUCAGAAGUUUACGCAUUUCCUGCCUAGACCAGUGGAUCCAGAAAGAGUUCCUGCAUUGUAUAAGGACAUACUAAUAUACACUUAGAGUGUGAUCAUGUCUUUACUGAAGAACCAAACUGCAACCAUUUUUUCUUAUUAUAGUUCCCAGAGUAAAAUAAUAACCCAGGAAGACAUUCAGAAUGUUUCAGAGCCUAUUUUCCACUCAGAGACUGAAUUUGGAAAGAAUAUUAGGAACAAACAAAAAAACUUUGACUGGACAUAGCUCAAGAUCUCUCUUUAUAAGUGGAUUAAGUUCCCUUACGUACACUGGCUCAAUCCUUAAUGGUAGAUUGAAGCUGAAAAUCUCUAAGAUGUGGAUAAUGGGAACCCUACCUAGUUUGCUGCUCUGGUGCCUCACCUCUCUGGAUUAUGUUUACUUUAAAAGUUACAUUAAAAACAGAUACUUCAUGUUGAAGAAAUGGAUUGAUAUGGUUGGCCAGGAUUACUGCUACAUAUAUUUUAAGGACCUUGAAGGAUUUUGCAGGUUAUGUAAAAAAUUCUAUGUAAAAAACCUGGGUGUAACGUGGACUAUGAAACAUGCCACACCAAGAUGGAACAUUUUUUUUUA